ACUGAAUGGAGUCAGUGGUCUACUUGCUCAGCUACAUGUGGCGGAGGAGUCCGAGAAAGAAUUCGUGAUUGUUCUUAUGGAACAUUCGAAGAUUUUGGGUGCAUUGCUGACGAGAGAGAAGAAGAAACAUGCAAUGAUUAUGAAUGUCGAUCAUGGACACCAUGGAGCUUUGUUGGCCUGUGCAGCGUAACAUGCAACAUUGGUACCAGGACACGUUUUAGGCUUUGUGUAGGCGGCGAGCCGGGACAACGUGGAUGUGAAGGACUAGAUCAGGAUAUGGUUUCCUGUAAUGAAGGUUCAUGUCCAAGUUGGACACCGUGGGGAUCGUGGGUUGAAUGUUCAGCUACUUGUGACGGAGGUUACCAGGAACGAACCAGAGCUUGUAUUAACGGUGACAUUGGAGAUCCUGGAUGUAAUGACGAAGAAUCAGAGCUUAGAGAAUGCAAUGUUGAAAAAUGUGAACAACCAGUUGAACUUGAGUGUGAUAUGUUGGAUUUGGCUCUCAUAAUUGAUUCCAGUAGCAGCAUCAAAGCUGAUAACUUUGAGAUUGUUCGUCGUUUCUUGAGACAAAUUGUUCGACGACUUACUAUUGGGGAAGAACAUACUAGACUUGCUGCUCUGCGUUAUAACAGAGACGUUGAUCUUUUGUUCAACUUUGCUGAUAGACUGGACACUGAUCAAGCGCUACGAGAAAUUUCAAAUAUGAGAUAUGAUGGCAGUGGUACAUUCACUGGCCAGGCUUUAGAAUAUGCUGCUACAAAUAUAUUUGGUAAUACGGAACAAAACAGAGAGGGUGUGCCUGAUUUAGCUAUUGUACUCACUGAUGGAAAAGCCCAAGACUUCCCAGAGACAUCCGUGAAGCAACUCAAAGAUCUUGGUGUGAAGGUUGUUGUCAUUGGUGUAACUGAUCAAAUUGUAGAAUCGGAAUUGAAUGCCAUUGCUACUGAUCCAGAUUCCGAGAACGUACUUCUUGUUGGUGAUUUCUCAGCAUUGCUUGAAGUUGUGGCGGAAGUAACCAGAUUUGCCUGCAGAAAAGCUGACUGGAGCGCCUGGACUUUAUAUUCUGCGUGCGAUGUAACUUGUGGUAGAGGUCGUCAAGUUAGAACACGGGUUUGCACUGACGGGUUUGCCAUUCUUAAUGAAUGCGUUGGCAUCGACUUUGAAGCUAAAGCUUGCAAUGCAGGACCGUGCCCCAGAUGGUCUGAGUGGUCAUUUGAAGGACCUUGUCCAGUUACAUGCGGUGGUGGAAUUAUCACACGCACAAGAAUGUGCAUGUUUGGUGCCACCGGUGUUCUUGGAUGUGAAGGAGAAGAAACAGCUACAGAAGUAUGCGCUACCGAGGAAUGUCCAAGAUGGGAUGAAUGGAGUUUCUGGACCGAAUGUGAUUCCUCUUGUGGUGGAGGUUCUCAAUCUCGAAGCAGAUUCUGUAUCGGCGGCGAAGCCGGUAUAAGAGGAUGUUACGGACCACGACUGUCUUCCAGACUUUGCAACGCCGAGCCGUGUAGCAGAUGGCUGGAAUGGUCAUUAUGGAGCAUUUGCACCAGAGAUUGUGAUGGCGGUAUUAGAACACGAAGCAGAAUUUGUCUACAUGGUGUACCUGGGGAUGUUAACUGCUUCGGAGAUGAUUAUCAAACGCAAGGAUGCAAUUCUGUGCCGUGCACCAAAAUGUCAAUGUGGGCAUCAUGGGGAUCUUGUUCAGCUACUUGUGGAGGAGGAAUCUCCAGAAGAACUAGAUUCUGUAUUGGAGGAGAAAUUGGAGAUCCGGGAUGCACUGCUCGAGAAUACGAAGAUCGUGCAUGCAAUGAUGAGGCCUGUCCGUCAUGGUCAUUCUGGGCAUCCUGGUCAUCAUGUACUGUUGAAUGCGGGGAAGGUACACGAACUAGAACUAGAAUAUGUCUCAAUGGCGAACCUGGAGGAUCUGGAUGUGAAGGUUCAGAACAAGACGUUGGAAUUUGCGCCGGAAACCAAUGCUCGACCUGGGGAACAUGGUCAAGAUCUUGGUCUGAAUGUUCAGCAACAUGUGGAGGUGGUAUACAAUACCAACGCAGAAGAUGUAUUGAUGGAAUUCGAGGUGACGCCGGGUGUCCUGGGGAUGAUCGCAGGACCCAGGAAUGCCAGAAUCAGGACUGUCCAAUGUGGAGUCCCUGGCAAGCAUGGUCUCUCUGCAGUUCAGAAUGUGGGCUCGGUGUCAGGACUCACACUCGUGUUUGCUUGAAUGGAGAUAUCGGCAUGGACGGAUGCGUUGGCAUAACUGUCGAAGAAAAACCAUGUAACAGAAAGAGUUGUGCUUACUGGUCACCUUGGGGUAUUUGGUCUGCCUGUACUGCGACCUGUGGUGGUGGAAUUAGAGUUCAUUCGAGAAUAUGCAUCAAUGGAGAGCCAGGCGAUGAAGGUUGCGAAGGAUCACCUGAUGCUCAAGAAGCUUGUGAAACCGAUGAUUGUGAAUUCUGGGGAGAUUGGUCGCCAUGGAGUCCCUGUAGUGCAACAUGCGAUGGUGGUAGCAGAACACAUGCAAGAGAAUGUAUUGGAGGUACUGAGGGAAUGAGAGGUUGUACUGGAAGUGGAGUUGAAACACAAUAUUGUAAUGGGGAUGCCUGUCCUUACUUUUCUGACUGGUCUGUCUGGGGAGGUUGUUCUGCAUUAUGUGGAGGCGGAAUAGAACGUCGAUCUCGUAUAUGUGUUAAUAGUAACCAAGGUAUGGUUGGAUGCGAAGGACUUUUGACUGAAACAAGAGACUGUAACGAGGAGAAUUGCCCGGAAUGGGGACCAUGGGAAUCAUGGGCGGUAUGUAGUGCCUCAUGUGGUCAGGGGUCCACAAGAAGAAUCCGAGUAUGCAUUGGCGGAAAUUGUGUUGGGCCAUCGUCAGAACGAAGAUCGUGCAAUGUUAGAGACUGUCCGGACUGGUCAGAAUGGGGCGAAUUCUCUGAAUGUAGUGCUUCCUGUAACGGUGGAACGGCAACUCGAGUAAGAAUUUGCUUGCCGGAUGGUGAAGGAUGUCCUGGAAGCGCAGUUGACGAAGUCGUAUGUAAUGAAGAGCCUUGUGCUGAAUGGUCAAAAUGGAGAAGAUGGUCAAGCUGUUCAGCUACAUGUGGCGGAGGAUCAAGAACAAGAACUCGUGUUUGUAUAAACAGUGGCGAUAGAAUAACUUGUGACGGAAUUGCAUCACAAACGGAAGAUUGCAAUGAAAAGGCCUGUCCUUCUUUCAGCAAUUGGAGCAGCUGGAGUUCAUGUUCUGAAUCAUGUGGUGGGGGAAUAAGAAGACAAUCUCGUACUUGUAAUAAUGGAUACUUCGGAGAGCCUGGUUGUAUCGGCGAUGAAUACAGAGACGAAGCUUGUAAUGAAAUGCCGUGUCCAUUCUGGUCUGAAUGGAGUGAAUAUUCAGCAUGCAGUGCAACUUGUGGUCAAGGAUCUCGAACACGGUACCGAACUUGCAACAAUGGACUUCCAGGCGAAAGAGGAUGUAUCGGCAGUCCAUUGGAAGAACAUGCUUGCUCAGAUUCUGUAUGCGCUUUUUGGGCUGCUUGGUCAUCUUGGUCUCAAUGUAGUUCUCCUUGUGGUGGUGGAGAAAUGAACAGAACAAGGAUCUGUGUCAACGGCGAGGUUGGAUCGCCCGGAUGCAGAGGUGCAGGACCUGUAGCGGUUAGACGUUGUAAUGUCGAUGAUUGUCCACGAUGGUCUGAUUGGUCAGAUUGGGGAAUCUGCAGUAGACAAUGUGGUUUUGGUCUUCAAUCUCGUGAACGAUCUUGCAUCGGUGGCGAAGCUGGUUUCUUUGGAUGCUUCGGACUUCCAGAAGAUAGAAGACGAUGUAGAGGAAAUAUAUGUGCUGAUUGGUCAGAAUGGGGUGAAUGGUCAAGAUGUAGUGUCACAUGUGGAUAUGGUACAAGGACACAUUUCAGAGCAUGUAACGGUGGAAGACCAGGAGAUCGUGGAUGUGAAGGAGCUGAAUCAGAGGAAAGUCUGUGCUUCGGUUCGAUUUGCCCCCAUCUGUCUGAAUGGACACCCUGGUCUGAAUGUGAUAAACUUUGUGAUGGUGGCCAAACUCGUCGUACAAGAGUUUGCGUCAAUGGUGGACCUGAGGAUAUCGAGUGCGAAGGUGAUCUUAUUCAAUCAGCUCCAUGUAACUCAGAUCCUUGUCCCUCUUGGGCUCCUUGGCAGGGUUGGUCGUCUUGUUCUGAAUCUUGUGGGGGUGGAGUUUACCAACGAGAAAGAAUUUGUAUAAAUGGUAACAUUGGCGAUCGUGGAUGUGCCGGAACAAGAGUACAAAUGGCUUUCUGUAAUGCACAAGCUUGUCCUUACUACUCAGUAUGGGGAGAAUGGGGUGCCUGUUCUCGAUCAUGCGGAGGUGGUGUCCGUGUACACAGAAGAACUUGUCUCAAUGGAAAUGAAGGAGAUUGUGAAGGACCAUCCAUUGAAGAAAUGCUUUGCAACGAACAAGCAUGUCCAAACUGGGCCGAGUGGGGUGAUUGGUCAACAUGUUCAAAUACUUGCGGUGGAGGUCUUGCAAGACGAGUGCGUACAUGUUUCAAUGGAUUCCAAGGAGAUGCUGGAUGUGAUGGUGAUUUCUUACAACAGCGUGAAUGCAAUGCAGAGUCAUGCCCAUACUGGUCUGUCUACACUGAAUGGACAGCUUGCACGGCAAGAUGUGGUGGAGGCGAAACAACACGCACAAGAACUUGUAUCAACGGUGCACCUGGCGAUGUUGGAUGCAGGGGACCUACUGUUAUGAGAUCGACUUGCAACCCAGAACCUUGCCCAGCCUGGUCAGAAUGGGCUUCAUGGGGGCUGUGUUCUAUGACAUGCUCUGGUGGAACUAGACGAAGAUACAGAUACUGCAAUCACGGUGUUGCUGGCGAAUUUGGAUGUGAAGAGGGUGAAACAAGUGAGAUAGGAGCCUGCAAUGUUGACACGGUUUGUCCAACAUGGUCUGAAUGGUCCGACUAUAGUGAUUGUUCUGCAUUGUGUGGAGGUGGAGUGCAAACACAUGAGAGAAUUUGCAUCAACGGCAUUGUUGGUAUGAAGGGAUGUGUAGGCCCAACAACAGAAGAAAGAUAUUGCAACGGAGAGCCAUGUUCCUACUGGUCAUCAUGGUCAGGUUGGCGAGUUUGUUCUGCUACUUGUGAUGGAGGUUUCCAGACCCGUAUAAGAACUUGUAUUAAUGGCGAUGCUGGUGAUGUGGGAUGUACAGGACAGUCCAGUGAACCUAGAGGCUGCAACUCGAAUCCUUGUCCUGAAUGGAGUCAGUGGUCCGAAUCAUCGGAAUGCAGUGCAUCAUGCGGAACAGGCCGAAUCACACGAACACGUAUUUGUAUGGGUGGGGUUCCAGGAGAUAUUGGAUGUGAAGGAAGAGCAACUGAAUCUGAUAUCUGCAACAUCCGAGAUUGUCCGAGAUACAGUGAAUGGACAGAAUGGACCUUCUGUUCAGUAUCAUGUGGUAAAGGACAGCGAUCACAUUCACGAGUCUGCCUUGACAGUCAGGGAGAUCCAGCUGAGGGAUGUUCUGGUCGUGCAUUAGAAAUUGUGUCUUGCAUCCAAGGAGCUUGUCCAUUCUGGUCAGAUUGGACAACUUGGACAAGUUGCGAAGGUGCUUGUGGAACGAGAAACCUAAGAUCGAGAUCUAGAGUUUGCAUUAAUGGCAUCAAUGGGGAAGAAGGAUGUCUUGGCCCCGACAUGAAUGAAGAAGUCUGUGCCGUUACCGAAUGUCCAUUCUGGGGAGAGUGGUCAAUAUGGUCAGAAUGCUCUAAUACUUGUGGAGGAGGACGUAGAACUCAUUCGAGAGAAUGCAUCAACGGAAAUCCUGGAGACUUUGGAUGCCAAGGUGCACAAACUGAACAGAGCCAUUGUGGAGCAAACCCAUGCCCAUAUGUUACCAACUGGUCAAGCUGGGGAGCCUGCUCUGUUAGUUGUGGUGGUGGCGUGAGACGUAGCCGAAGAGUUUGCUUGAACGGAAACCCAAUCACUGGAUGUGAUGCACCUCUAGAUAGAAGCGAAGAGUGCAAUGAAUUUGAAUGUCCCAGAUUGGAUGAGUGGAGUCCAUGGUCAGCAUGCACCAGAACGUGUGAUGGGGGAGUCAGUAUCAGGACGCGAGAAUGUCUCGGACCAGACGGAACAUAUUGCGAUGAAGACCUCAGAGAUGAAAGAAGCUGCAGCAGUAGCCCUUGUGAAAGGUGGGGAUCGUGGUCUUCAUGGAGUUCUUGUGAUGCAACAUGUGGCCUUGGAGUCAGAAUACAAGACAGAGAUUGUAUCGGAGGAAAUCCAGGAGAUCCGGGUUGUCUCGGCUCAAGUAUCAAUGAGGAAGCAUGUGCUGUUGGAAGUUGUGCUUAUUGGACACCCUGGACUCCGUUUACUGCUUGUGGAGCCACUUGUGGUGGAUCAACACGUCAGAGAAGACGACAAUGUAUCAACGGUGAUAUGGGAGAUGAAGGCUGUGAGGGAGAUAACUCGGAGACUACUCCUUGCGGAUUCGAUGAUUGUCCAUUCUGGUCCGACUGGUCUGACUGGUCACAAUGUACGCAAUCAUGCGAUGGAGGACUCCAAUCUAGAAACAGAGUUUGCAUCAAUGGAGAUCAAGGACAGAUUGGAUGCGGGGGAUCUGACACUGAUGAAAGAUUCUGCAACGGAGACGCUUGUCCAUUCUGGUCUGAAUGGAGUCAAUACAGUUCUUGCUCAGUGACAUGUGGCGGAGGAUCUAGAGUAAAAGCUCGUGUUUGUGUUUAUGGAAAAGCUGGAUCAGCUGGUUGCAUUGGUGUCGAAGAAGAAGACGAGCUAUGCAAUCUAGAGGAUUGUCCCGUUUGGACACUAUGGACAACAUGGUCGUCUUGCAGCUUGACAUGUGGAGGCGGAGUUACCAGGCGAAGCAGAAAAUGCGAAUAUGGAUUCAUGGGACAAAUCGGUUGCCUGGGAGGUGAUGACCAAAUGGAAGACUGUAACGAACAACCCUGUCCAACUCUUAGCGAUUGGUCAGAAUAUUCACAAUGCAGCAGCACAUGCGGACGGGGUGAGCGUAUAAGAAGUCGAAUUUGCAUUGGUGGUUCUUUUGGACAAAUUGGAUGUAUUGGACCAGAGACAGACAUUUCAGAAUGCAUUGAAGGAAAUUGUGCGUUCUUCACUGAUUGGUCACCUUGGACUGACUGCAGUGCAACUUGUGGUGUUGCUACAAGAAGUCACAUACGAACAUGCAGAAAUGGACUUCAAGGAGAUCCGGGUUGUGAAGGAGAGACGAGAGAAGAAGAAAUAUGUGAAUUACUUGGUUGUCCAUUCUGGUCAAGGUGGACUAACUGGGGCGAAUGCAGUGUACCAUGUGGUGGAGGAAUCCGAUCUCACUCCAGAGUAUGCGUUGAUGGUAAUAUUGGUGAUGUCGGAUGCGAAGGACCCGCAUUUGAAGAAGACUUCUGCAACGGAUAUGCAUGUCCAUACCACUCAGAAUGGGGUCCAUACGGCCCUUGUUCGGCAUCAUGCGAUGGCGGCGUUCGAUCUAGAUCAAGAGCUUGUUUGAAUGAAAUGGCGGAUCAAGGUUUGACUUGCGAAGGAGACCUUUCACAAAUUGAAGUUUGCAACAGUGAUCAAUGUGCUUUCUGGGAAAAUUGGUCUUCUUGGGGUGAUUGUAGUGCAGAAUGCGGUUCUGGAUACAGAUCAAGAUCUAGAGUGUGUAAUGGUGGACAAGCAGGAGAACCAGGUUGCCGUGGGAAACGUGUCGAUGAGGAGAUUUGUAAUCUCCAGCCCUGUCCAAAAUGGGAUAACUGGACAAGUUGGGGAAGUUGCAGUGUAUCAUGUGGCCGGGGUUUAAGAAGUAGAUUCAGAGCAUGUGAUGGAGGUGAUGCUGGUACAUUGGGUUGUAGAGGAGAUACAGAACAAAUCGAAUCAUGCGUCACAGGAUUCUGUUCUUACUAUGAUGAAUGGAGUGUCUGGCGUGCAUGCAGUCAAACUUGCGGCGGAGGUGUAAGAGAAAGGACUAGAAAUUGUAUUGGCACAGGACUCACCAGAUGUGUUGGACCAAAUGUCGAUAGACAGAACUGCAACUCCAACCCAUGUCCAGAAUGGCAAGACUGGACUGAAUGGACAGAUUGUUCUACAACAUGUGGUGGUGGACUCCGCUCCAGAGACCGAAUUUGCAUAGGUGGAAUACCAGGCAUGGUUGGUUGUGAAGGAGAACCUAGAGAAGAAGAUUUCUGUAAUGGACAGGCAUGCUCAUAUUGGUCAUCCUGGGGACCGUUUGGUGAUUGCUCAGCGACAUGUGGUGUAGGAAGACAAACCAAAACUAGAAGAUGUAUUUCUCCACUCGGACUUGAAGGAUUCUGUUCUGGUGAUCCACGAGUAUCUAUCGACUGCAAUGUCCAUCCAUGCCCAUCUUGGUCAUUAUGGGAGGAAUGGUCUAUCUGUAGUGUGUCGUGCGGUUCCGGAUUCCGAUACAGAGAACGGUUCUGUAACGACGGACAUGCGGGAGAUGUUGGUUGUGAGGGUGCCAGACGACAAGAUAGCGAUUGUAACAGUCAACAAUGUGUAUUCUGGAACAUUUGGUCACAAUGGAGUGAAUGUAGCGUUGAUUGUGGACAAGGUGUUCGCACUCGAUUCAGAUCUUGUGCAAAUGGUGAAAUUGGCGAACCUGGCUGCAAGGGAGAUAGUGAGCAAGAAGACUCUUGUACCAGAGGAAACUGCCCGUUCUGGAGCAACUGGAGAACUUGGUCUGGUUGUAGUGAGACCUGUGGUGGAGGAGAACGUACAAGAUCUAGAAGAUGUAUUAAUGGUGUUGCUGGAGAAGAAGGCUGCACAGGAGAUUUCCAAGAAACUGAUAUUUGUAAUAUUGAGGACUGUCCAUUCUGGGCUCAAUGGGGCGAAUUUACUGCAUGCUCAGUCAGUUGUGGUGGAGGAAUCCGCCGUCACACAAGAGUUUGUAUAAAUGGGGAUCCCGGCGAUUUUGGUUGCGGGGGAUCAAAUUCUGAAGAACAAUACUGUAAUGGUCAUUCAUGUCCAUACAUAUCGGCCUGGUCUGCCUAUGGCGCUUGCUCAGUCACCUGUGGUGGUGGAGUUCACCAGAGAAGCAGAAAAUGCGUCAAUGGUGAUUUUGGCAAUGUAGGAUGUAUUGGCGAGGAAUUUGACUUCGGAGAUUGCAACGAACAGUCUUGCCCGCAAUGGAGAGAAUGGACUGAAUGGUCUGUAUGUGAUAGACGAUGUGGUGGAGGCUCAAGAGAAAGAAGAAGAACUUGUGCUAAUGGCAAACCUGGUGAAGUUGGUUGUGAAGGCAGAGUUAUGCAAAGUGAAAUUUGUAACGUUGAGCCAUGUCCUGGAUGGACCGAAUGGGAAUCUUGGUCUGGAUGCAGUGUACGAUGUGGAGGCGGCAUCAGAACAAGAGUACGAGUAUGCGCCGGAGACGCUGACUACUGUCUUGGACCAGACACUAUUGAACAAUCAUGCAACCCAAGGAUCUGUCCAUCUUGGGCAUCUUGGCAGUCAUGGUCAGAAUGUUCUUCAUCCUGCGGUGGCGGUAUUGCAACACGAACAAGAGUUUGCCUCAACUCUUUACAGGGAGAAUUCAACUGUGAUGGUGACACCGACGAGAUAAUACCAUGCAAUUCUGAUGCUUGUCCAGGCUGGAGUCUCUGGGAAUCAUGGAGCGAAUGUACUCGCACAUGUGGCGGUGGAUCUCAAGCCCAAACAAGAGAAUGUAUUAAUGGUCGUGUCGGAGUUGACUGCCGUGGCGCCAGACAGAGAACGCAAGAAUGUAAUUCUGAUGAUUGUGCCGUUUGGUUGCAAUGGGGAAUAUGGAGCUCUUGCUCGGCCUCGUGCGGUAAAGGCACAAGAACAAGAUCCCGAAUUUGUUCACGAAUGGACAAUGGUGAUUUCAUGUGCGAAGGCCCUGCUAGCGAGGAAGUCAUGUGCAUAGAAGGAAACUGUCCAUACUUGACCGAAUGGACAAACUGGAGUGACUGUGAUGUAACUUGCGGUUCGGGUACCAGGCGACGAGAUAGAGUUUGUGUUAAUGGAGUCUUGGGCGAACCAGGAUGUGAUGGACCUGACGCAGAUUUUGAAGAUUGUGCAUUCAAUGGCUGCCCAACAUGGACCAGUUGGACCCCAUGGGGUCUCUGCAGUAAUGAAUGUGGUGGUGGAGUUAGAUCAAGAUCAAGAGUAUGUAUGGCCGAUGGUGAAGAAGCACCUGAUGGCUGUAGAGGAAUUGACACUAUGGGAGAACUCUGUAACCAACAGCUCUGUCCAAGAUGGUCUGAAUGGUCUGAUUUUGGUACCUGCAGUGCAACAUGCGAUGGUGGCCAAAGGAUACGAUACAGAACAUGUAUUAAUGGCUUACCAGGAGUGGGUUGCCCUGGACGUCCUACGUCAACUGAAAGUUGCAGCGAAGAUCUUUGUCCAACAUGGACAUCAUGGACAGAAUGGUCGGCAUGCAGUGUGUCUUGUAACGGUGGUAUCCAUGUCCGAACUAGACAAUGUAGUGGUGGAGAUCCAGGAGUUUCAGGCUGUCUAGGAUCCACAAUUCAACAAAGAGCAUGUAACCUAAAUGGUUGUCCAUUCUGGUCUGUAUGGAGUGGAUACGGUGCUUGCAACGUUACCUGCGGAGGUGGUGAACGCUCCAGAAGACGCAUGUGUAUCAAUGGUGAACCAGGAAGUGAUGGUUGUUUCGGAUCAUCAACUGAUUCAGCUCUCUGUGACUUGCCACCAUGUGCCAGCUGGACACCAUGGGGACAAUAUCCAGAAUGUCCUGUUACCUGCGGCGGAUCACAACGUAUCAGAAGAAGAACAUGUGUUGGAGGUAUUGCAGGUGCUUUUGGAUGUGAAGGACCUUCUUCCAUGUCUAUAGAUUGUAAUAUAUUGCCAUGUCCAUCGUGGUCAUUAUGGGAAAAUUGGAGCGAGUGCUCAGCAGACUGUGGAAGUGGACGUCGAACUAGGCAGAGAAUUUGUCGGAAUGGUGCUGUAGGAGAUCGUGGUUGCACUGAGGGUGGAUUAGUUGAUUAUCAAACUUGUAAUGAAGAUCGCCCUUGCCCAAGUUGGUCAACAUGGGGAAGUUGGAGUUUCUGUAGUGCCAGCUGUGGACAGGGUUCCAGAUCAAGAGAACGUAUAUGUCUCAACAUUCUCGAUGAAGAUGAUUUCACUGAAUCUUAUUGUCCAGGAAGUCCUAUUGAUAUGGCAACAUGUGUUGAAGGGUUUUGCCCGUUCUACGCUGAGUGGGGAACAUGGUCUGAGUGUACUCAAUCAUGUGAUGGAGGCACAAGACAAAGAUUCAGAAAAUGUGUCAACGGUGAUGAAGGAGAUGAUGGAUGUUUGGAAUCAUCUACUGAAACACAGACUUGCAACAAUGAUGGUUGUCCUAUCUGGUCACAAUGGACUGAAUGGGCUUCAUGCACAGUUUCUUGCGGUGGAGGUAUCGCACUCAGAUCUCGAUCGUGUUUGACAUUUGACUCUGCUGGAAAUGAUCUAUGUCGAGGAUCUGGCACUGAUGAACAAUAUUGCAAUGGCGGAGCAUGCCCAUACCUGUCUGCUUGGUCGAGAUGGGGUCAAUGUAGUGCAAGAUGUGGCGGAGGAUUCCGAGUUUCAACCAGAUUCUGUAUCAAUGGUGAAGAAGGAGAAGAUGGUUGCUUUGGAUUGCUGACAAGAGAAGAAGCAUGCAAUGAACAGGCCUGCCCCAUAUGGAAUGCCUGGAAUGCAUGGUCUGAAUGUUCUAGCCCAUGUGGAGGUGGAGUGCGUAACAGGUUCAGAUCUUGUGUUGUUGAAGGCCUCAGUGCUGUAUACUGUGAUGGUCCAUCUGAAGACUCUCAGAUUUGUAACAACCAGGACUGUGUCACUUGGACUUUAUGGAGCUCCUGGACAGACUGUGACGUCACAUGUGGGAGAGGAAAUCGCGUAAGAUCACGAACAUGUGACAGGGAUGCUGAUGGUGAAUUCCUUUGCCCAGGAGAAUUCUAUGACUCAAGAAGUUGUAUUGAAGGACUUUGUCCAUACUGGGACGAAUGGACUAGCUGGACAGACUGCAGUACCACAUGUGCUGCAGGCGAAAGAACCAGAAUUCGUCGUUGCGUCAACGGUGAUGUGGGAGAAGAAGGAUGUGAAGGCAGUGAUUCAGAAUCUGGAGCAUGUAACGAAAAUGAGCUGUGUCCAUUCUGGACUGAAUGGAACAAUUGGAACAGAUGUAGCUUGCCGUGUGGUGGUGGAGUGAGAACACGAUCAAGAUUCUGUGAAAACGGACUACCUGGUGAUAUUGGAUGCUUCGGAAUUUCCAAUGAAAGGGAAAUGUGUAACAAUAGAGCGUGUCCAUUUAUGUCUCAAUGGGGAGCUUGGAGUCAAUGUGAUCGUACUUGCGGUGGAGGAAGUUACACAAGGACAAGAGUGUGUGUCAACGAAGGUGACGACACACUUUCAUGUGAAGGAACCACAACGCAAACUGCAGACUGUAACUCAAUGCAAUGUCCAAUCUGGGAAGAAUGGUCAGCAUGGUCAACAUGCAGCAGAUCGUGUGGAGGUGGACGAACACAGAGGUUCAGGACAUGCAGUUUUGGUCUUCCUGGUGAUGCUGGAUGCGACGGUGACUACUACGAAAUACAAAAUUGCAACAUUGAUCAAUGCGCACACUGGGCAACAUGGACCUUAUGGAGCAGAUGCAGUGUAUCUUGUGGUGUAGGCACAUACACUAGAGAAAGAAUUUGCUUGAAUGAAGAUGUUGAUCAGGGACGAACAUGCCCUGGAGACAGUCAAGAAACUGAUGCUUGCACCGCUGGAGAUUGUCCAUUCUGGUCCAAUUGGUCUGACUGGUCAGAUUGUAAUGCACCAUGCAAUGGUGGACUUCGCAAGAGAAAUAGGAACUGUGUGAAUGGGUAUGUUGGACAAGGUGGUUGUGUUGGACGAAGAGAGCAAUCUGAAGUCUGCAAUGACGAGGCAUGUCCAUCAUGGAGUGGGUGGUCAUCAUGGGGAAGUUGUUCUGAACCAUGUGGAUUAGGAAUAACUAUGCGCACACGUACCUGUAGUGGACCAUUUGGCUGUUCUGGCGACACCUCCGAAGAAAUGGAAUGCUUCAUCAGGGCAUGUGCUUCAUGGUCAUCAUGGGGCAGAUGGUCAAGAUGUUCAGAACGAUGUGAUGGAGGAAUUUCAACAAGAUCUAGAAUAUGCUUCAACUCUGGUGGUGACACAUCAGCUUGUGGUUCAGAAAGUGCUACUCAACAACAACCUUGCAAUAGCUUGCCAUGUGCAAGAUGGUCAGAUUGGUCUGAAUGGUCAGACUGUGAUGCUCAAUGUGAUGGAGGAUCACAAACCAGAUCACGAACUUGUAUUGGUGGCACUGUCGGUGAUAUUGGAUGUCGUGGACGAAGAAGACAGAGCAGAGGAUGCAAUGAAGGCGAAUGUACUCACUGGUCUGCAUGGAAUUCUUGGUCAAUCUGUGAUGUAGAAUGUGGACGAGGAACUAGAUCAAGAUCCAGAACUUGCAUUGAAGGAGUUUUUGGUAUAUGUGAAGGUGAAGCAGACGUGACAGAGUCUUGCUUUGUUGGUCAAUGUGCUUCUUGGAACGAUUGGGCACCAUGGACUUCUUGUUCUGCAUCAUGUGGCAGUGGAUCUAGAACUCGUAGACGAGGUUGCAUGAACGGAAUUGCUGGCGAGGAAGGAUGUGAAGGCGCUGACUCAAUGUCUGCAUCUUGCAACAAUCAACCUUGUCCAGCUUGGUCAUCAUGGUCCAACUAUACUGAAUGUUCUGAACCAUGUGGUGGUGGACUGAGACGACGAUCUAGAACAUGUAUAUCCGGAGAGAUUGGUGACUUUGGAUGUCAAGGAGCUGCAGUUCAACAGAACUUCUGCAACGGGAGAGCAUGUCCGUUCUUCUCAAGCUGGGGAGCAUGGAGAUCGUGCAGUGUGUCAUGCGGUGGGGGAUACCGUGUAAGAGAAAGAAUAUGCAUUAAUGGAUUCCAGGGACAAAUUGGGUGUGAUGAUCUGCUCUUCCAACAAGAAGAUUGCAAUAUGCAGAGUUGUCCUGCAUGGGGAAGUUGGACAGAUUGGGGAGUUUGCUCUGCUGAUUGUGAUGGCGGAUUUGAAACAAGAACUCGUAUCUGUAUUGGUGGAUAUGCUGGCCAAGAUGGAUGUAACGAGGGAACAACUAGACAACAAAGACCCUGUAAUUCUCAGGCAUGUGCCUUCUGGCAAGACUGGGUAUCUUGGUCAAGAUGUAGUGUAGAUUGUGGAGUCGGUCAAAGAACAAGAUCAAGAGUUUGUUUCGGUGGCGAACCAGGUUCUAGAGGUUGUAUUGGAUCUGCUACUGCGACUGAAGAAUGUACUCGUGGACAAUGUGCCUUCUGGGCUGAAUGGAGCAACUUUGGUGACUGCAGUGUAUCCUGCGGUGGAGGAGUUCAAUAUCGCAGCAGAAGAUGCAUCAACGGAGCUGCUGGUGGACCUGGAUGUCUGGGAUCAUCAAGUGAAAUAAUUGAAUGUGCAGAUGUGGACUGUCCAACAUGGAGCAGGUGGUCAGACUGGACAUCGUGUAGUGUAUCUUGUGCAGGAGGGUUAAGAUCAAGAACAAGAACUUGCACAGGAGCAGAUGGACCAGAAGCAUGUAAUGGAGAAUUCAGAGAAGAAGAAUUUUGCAAUGGAAACAGAUGUCCAGAAUGGUCUAAUUGGAGUAUAUGGGCAAAAUGCUCUGCAACUUGUGAUGGUGGAGUCACCUCCAGAACACGUAUUUGCGUCGGAGGAAGCGUUGGUGACUUGGGUUGUAUCGGAGAUACUAUGGAAACUGACUCAUGUAAUAAUGAUGACUGUCCUGUCUUCUCAUUCUGGUCAACAUGGACCACCUGUAGCACCUCAUGUGGUCGCGGAACACGUACUCACACAAGAGUGUGCCUCAACGGAUUGGCAGGAAGUUUGGGCUGCGAUGGACCACUCUCUGAAUCCGAAUUGUGUAAUCCACAGGAUUGUCCUUCUUGGGCCGAUUGGGCUUCUUGGUCAUCAUGCAGUACAACAUGUGGAGCAGGAGAUCGAACAAGAUUCAGAACUUGUGUUCAAGCAACCUCUGAUGGCUCUGAAGUUAUUUUAUCUGACGAUUGUGCAGGUUCAGAAUCACAAGUGGAACUUUGCAUAGAGGGAAGUUGUCCAUACUGGAUGGAAUGGUCAUCCUGGUCAGGAUGCUCAGUAACCUGUGGAGAGAAUGGUAGAAGAACACGUACAAGAUUCUGUGUUGGAGGAGAUGAAACUAACGAUGGAUGUGAUGGACCAUCAACUGAUUCAGAAUCUUGUAAUGAACUUGAUUGUCCGUUCUGGUCUGAAUGGACUGCAUUUACUGAAUGUGACGUCACAUGUGGUGGAGGAAAGAGAAGUCACACUCGUAUAUGUUUGAACGGCAAAGCAGGAGAUGUUGGUUGUGUUGGACCCACAUUUGAAGAAUCAUUCUGCAAUGGACAGGCUUGUCCCUUCUGGAGCAAAUGGUCGGCUUAUGGAGAAUGCUCGCAAUCGUGUGGAGGUGGUGAACACACAAGACAGAGAACUUGUAUUGGUGGCGAAAUCGGAGACGCUGGCUGCCAGGGUCUAAAUAUAUUUACAGAUGCUUGCAGUGUGAGACCUUGCCCAAUAUGGACAGACUGGACCUUAUGGACAGAGUGCAGCAAGACCUGUGGAUCUGGAGUCAGAUAUAGAUCAAGAUCAUGUGAAUUUGGAAGAGCUUAUGAAGAUGGAUGUCAAGGAUCUAUGGAUGAGAGCGAAGCAUGUAGUGUGCAGGCUUGUCCUAUAUGGUCUGCUUGGUCAGAAUUUGAACCAUGCAAUGUUGGAUGUGGUCGCGGAUCGAUGACAAGAACAAGGACAUGUAUCGGUGGAUCGGUUGGUGAACUUGGAUGUCUUGGACCUGCUUCUGAUACAGAAGAUUGCAUUGCUGGUGCAUGUGCAUUCUGGUCCGAAUGGGGAAUAUUCAGUUCUUGUUCUGUAUCAUGUGGUGGAGGAACCAGACAACAGACCAGAAGAUGUGUUAAUGGUAAAAUUGGUGAUACUGGCUGCGAAGGAAGAGAUAGCAGAGUAUCGGAAUGUAAUGAUAGGAUCUGUCCUACAUGGGCUGAAUGGGGCGAUUGGUCAAUUUGCUCUGAAUUUUGUAACGGUGGAAAUCAAAUUCGAAGACGAGUUUGUAACAAUGGUGAAAUAGGACAAUUGGGCUGCGAUGGACCUGACAUACAAGAAAGAUAUUGCAAUGGCAAUCCUUGCGCGUAUUGGUCAGAAUUUGGAUAUUGGUCAGCUUGUUCAAUAUCAUGCGGUGGAGGUGUAAGAACACAAAACAGAAUCUGUAUCAAUGGAGUAGAAGGCGAUCCUGGAUGCGAGGGAGAACCUAUUAAUUUGGAAGGAUGUAAUCCUCAGCUCUGUCCAGAAUUCGAACAAUGGGGAACAUGGGGUGAAUGUUCAGCACCAUGUAAUGGAGGAGUUCGAUCAAGAACCCGUGGAUGUGUCAAUGGUAAUAUUGGCGACGAAGGUUGUGAUGGCCGAACCGAAGACAUGGAAGCUUGCAGUGUCCAGGAAUGUCCAAGCUGGACUCGCUGGUCAACCUGGGGAACUUGUAGCGUCACUUGUGCUACCGGUACAAGAAUGAGGACCAGAAUAUGUAACAAUGGUGAACCAGGUGAUCCAGGAUGUCCGGGCCCCAAUGCUGAAGAAGACGUUUGCGUUGAGAAGUUCUGCCCAUUCUGGGGAGUAUGGACCAAGUGGAGUUCGUGUAGCGUUUCUUGUUUCAAUGGUUUUGAUACAGGUCUUAGAAUUAGAUUCAGAGAUUGUAUCCAUGGAAGACAAGGAGAUAUUGGUUGCGUUGGACCAGUUGAAGAACAAGAAGAAUGCUCAGACUUAGAGACCUGCCCAGAUAUUUCUGAUUGGGGACCAUGGGGACAAUGCUCUAAGUCUUGUGGUGUUGGAAAACAAUCACGAUUCAGAGAAUGUCUUAGACAACUCAGUGAAGAUGUUUGCGAAUACGCUGUCUUCAAAGAGAAAGCCUGCAAUCUACAGUCCUGUCCUUACUGGAGUGAAUGGGGUGGUUAUGGUGCGUGCAGUGAACCAUGUGAUGGCGGAGCUCAAAAACGAAUCCGAGUUUGUAUCAAUGGAGAAGUUGGCCAAGAUGGAUGUACUGGAGUAUCAGAACAAUCUAUUGCCUGCAACCUCAAUUCUUGCCGUAACUGGGCUGCCUGGGGACCAUGGGGCACAUGCAGUGUGUCGUGUGAUGUUGGAACUCACACACGAGCAAGAAGAUGCCAAGGAGGUGAAGCUGGAUCUCCAGGCUGUGAAGGAUCAGCAACAGAUUCUGGAAUAUGUGGCAGUGAGGAUAAUGCCUGUCCAUUCUGGGAACUCUGGUCAUCGUGGAGUUCUUGCAGUGUUUCAUGUGGUGGAGGAAGACAAUCAAGAUCAAGAAAUUGUGUCAAUGGAUAUAGAGGUGUUCCAGGAUGUGAGGGACCAGAUAGUCAAACACUAGCCUGCAAUCAAGAGGUGUGCGGGUCAUGGGCAUCAUGGCUGGAAUGGGAAACUUGCACUGUUAGCUGUGGAGGAGGAGUUCAAGUUAGAGACAGAAUAUGUAUCGGAGGUGUGCCUGGCGACAGAGGAUGUACUGGCCCACAACAAGAAACAGAGCGUUGCAAUGGCAAUGUUUGUGAAUCAUGGGAAGUCUGGGGUCCUUGGAGUGAAUGUAGUGACUCAUGCGGCGGCGGUGAAUACACCAGAAGCAGGGUAUGUGUAAAUGGCAAACCUGGCGAUCCUGGAUGCCCUGGUGACGAUGAGCAAUUCGAUGUUUGUAAUUUGGAACCAUGUGGAACAUGGGGAUCUUGGCUCGAAUGGGCCGUUUGCACAGUAAGUUGUGGAGGUGGAACCAGAACUCGAGGAAGAAUAUGUGUUGGUGGAUUACCAGGUCAGGGGGGAUGCAUUGGUGGACCGCAAGAAAUAGGACCGUGUAACGGAAAUGUUUGUGAGAGAUGGUCACUCUGGUCUCAAUGGUCUUCAUGUGACUUAUCAUGCGGAUCUGGUCUUCAAACUAGAAACAGAGAAUGUAUUGGUGGCAGUGUAGGAGAUCCAGGAUGCCCAGGAGAAGCAUUCGAUAAUAUUAUAUGCAACGCUCAGCCUUGUCCGAGAUGGGGAGCCUGGAUGACAUGGAGCUCAUGUACGGUAACUUGCGGCCUUGGUACAAGAAUAAGAGACAGACUAUGUGUUGGUGGUGAACCAGGUAUGCUCGGAUGUGAAGGAGAACUAGUAGAAGAAGCACCAUGCAAUGGAGAGAACUGUGAAAGUUGGGCCAAUUGGGGGCCAUGGUCUGAGUGUGAUGCGUCAUGUGGUGGAGGAAUACAUGAACGUGUCCGUGAAUGUGUCAAUGGAGAACCUGGCGAUCCUGGUUGCCAAGGAGACAAUUUUGAAACCAAUAUUUGUAGCACACAGGAAUGUGGAACAUGGGCAUCAUGGCUUGAAUGGGGAACAUGUACUGUGACUUGUGGUGGAGGAAUAGCUACAAGAAACAGAAUAUGUAUUGGUGGAGUACCAGGUGACUUUGGUUGUCAAGGUCCUCUAGAAGAAUCACAGGAUUGUAAUGGAGAUGCAUGUGAAUUCUGGGCCAUAUGGGGACCAUGGGGUGAAUGUGAUAGGACUUGUGGAGGAGGAUCAUCACUCAGAUUCCGAGAAUGUAUCAACGGCAAAGUGGGAGAUGUCGGUUGUCAAGGAGAUGUGUCACAAUUACGACCAUGCAAUUCACUGAUAUGUCCUGAAUGGGCUUCAUGGCUUGAAUGGGGUAAUUGUGAUGUCACUUGUGGAUCUGGAAUACAAUCAAGAAAUCGAGUCUGUAUCGGUGGUGUACCUGGAGACAUUGGAUGUGACCUUGGAGGUGAUGAUGAAAUAAGAGAUUGCAGUGGAAAUGAUUGCGAUUUCUGGGCAAUUUGGGGACCAUGGUCAGUCUGCGACCAACCAUGUGGUACUGGACUCACAACAAGAACUCGAGAAUGUAUCAACGGUAUACCAGGAGAAGGCGAAUGUCAGGGAUCUCCAAGUGAUUUCAAUGUUUGCAAUUCACUUCCGUGUGCUGAAUGGGCUACAUGGUUAGAAUGGGAAACUUGUACAGUAUCGUGUGGACGUGGUACUAGAACUAGAAACAGGAUUUGUAUUGGUGGAGAACCAGGAACACAAGGAUGUGUGGGACCUCCAGUUGAUACAGAAGAUUGCAAUGCGCAGGAUUGUGAAUUCUGGGCAAUCUGGGGAUCAUGGGGUGAAUGUGAUACAACUUGUGGAGGAGGAAUAAGACUUCGUUUCCGUGAAUGUAUCAAUGGUAAUGCUGGCGAUGAUGGAUGUGUUGGUGAAGUUUUCAAACAAGAAGUUUGCUCUACAAAUCCAUGUCCAGUUUAUGGUAAUUGGCUUGAAUGGGAGAGAUGUACUGUAUCAUGUGGUGGAGGCACCAGAUUAAGAAGACGUAUUUGUAUUGGCGGACAACCAGGAGAUAUUGGAUGUGAAGGCAGAGAAACAAUGGACGAGCCUUGCAAUGAAAAUCUGUGUGCAUUCUGGCAAUUGUGGGGCAGUUGGUCAUCGUGUGAUGUCACAUGUGGACGAGGACUUCAAAUUCGAACUCGAGGCUGUUUCGGUGGUGAACUUGGUGAUCCUGGAUGCCAGGGUGCUUCAGAAGAAUUCCAAGAAUGCUCGAGAGGGCAAUGCUCAUCGUGGGAGGCAUGGGUCAGUUGGACACCCUGUAGCGUUACAUGUGGUACUGGUAUUUCUAAACGAGCUAGAGCAUGCCAAGACGGCGUUCCUGGAAGCGGUGGAUGCAUUGGUGAUUGGCAACAAGACAGAGACUGCAACACCGAUCUCUGUGCAACAUGGUCAGAAUGGACUGAAUUUUCACCAUGUGACAGAUCAUGUGGAGAUGGUUUCAGACAACGAGGUAGACAAUGCUUGUUUGGAAGUGUUGGAGAUCCGGGAUGUAUUGGCGACCCAGUACAACCAGAAGAAUGUAAUGAAGGGGCGUGUCCUGAAUACACCCAAUGGACAAUUAUAUCAGAAUGUUCGGCUACAUGCAAUGGUGGUGUGCAACAACGUUUCAGACAAUGUUUGUUCUCCGUUGAUCAAACUGCUUGUAACAGUCUUGGACCUGCAGAAGACGCUCAAGUGUGCGCGACCAAUCCAUGCCCUUCUUGUGAGUUGGAGGUUCAUACAACUCCAAUUGAAAACGGUCAGGUUGUUUGCACAGAACAAUCCCAUAUUGGUUCUGUUUGUAACUUUCAAUGUGACCCAACUCAUCAACUUGUCGGAUUGAGUACUAUAUUCUGUGGACCCACUCAGCUUGGAACAGUUGGCGUUUGGAAUGCAAACACACCCAUCUGUAGAGAGCGUUGUAAUGACGAAGCCGAUAUUGUAUUUGUGAUCGACAGUUCUUCUAGCAUCAAAACUGCUAACUUCGAAAUCAUACGUCGUUUCGUUCGUGACGUGGUACAGAGCUUCGAAGUUGGUCCUACCAAAGCCUUGUUCGGUGCACUUCGCUACAAUGAAGAAGUUGAUAAGCAGUUUGACCUGAAAGACUAUAAAACUAAACGUGACGUUUUGGAUGCAGUGACACGUAUUCCAUACUUGGGUAAAGGAACCAAGACUGGAAAGGCUAUCAACUACACAAGAGAGAACAUGUUCACUGCUGCAGCUGGACAUCGUCCUGGUGUACCCAAGAUUGCUGUUGUUGUUACUGAUGGUAUCGCUUUCGAUGAUGUUCAAAUCCCAUCACAGUUACUGAAGGGUGAAAACGCAAUCGUAAUAGCUGUUGGUAUCGGAAACAUCAGAAUUGUUCAGAUCUACGAAAUUGCUAGUGACCCAGACAGAUUAUUUGCCACAACCGUCAGUGAUUUCGAUGCUCUCGACAAAGUUGUGAAAGUCAUUUCUGACCAGAUUAAAUUCUGUACUCAGGAACCUGUCAUUGAGAUUGCUCCAUGUCCACCUCAAGCGAUUAUGGAUCUUGUUCUCAUCCUGGACAGUUCUAGUUCCAUUGGUGAUGAUAACUUCGGUCUGAUUCGUCAAUUCAUUAAAAAUUUCAUUGGAACAUUCAACAUCGGACGUGAUGCUGCACGAUUCGGUCUCAUACGAUACAAUAACCAAGCAAGAACUGAAUUUAAUUUGGGAGAUCACAAUAAUCUGAGAGCGCUGAAUAGAGCUGUCGACGCAAUUAGAUACAAUGGCGCCGGUACAAGAACAGGAAACGCAAUUCAGUUUGCUAUCGAUAACGCAUUUACCGCAGACGCAGGUCGAAGAAAUGACGUACCCCUGUUAGUCGUCUUGUUUACCGACGGUCGUUCAUCCGACGACGUUAUUCGACCAGCAAGAGCACUUAAAGAAAUAGCGAAAACUGUCAUUUCCAUCGGAGUCGGAGCUACCGACAGAAGACAGCUCAGAGCCAUUGCAUCACAGCCAGUUGCAAGUAAUACUUUCGAACUUGAUGACUUCCAGGCUUUAGACGGAGUUAUUAACCAGAUUGCAACAACUGUAUGCUUUGGUACUCAAGAAGAAACGCUUUUUUAAAGAUGAAAGUUUAUAAAGCAAAGGAAAUAUUUGCAUGAAGAUACAAUAUUUUAUAAUAAACUACUGAAAAUUAUGAAAAUUUUGAUACAUUUUUGCAAAAUCACUUACGGUGUAAUAUAUCAUAUUGUUUUACUGAGAACACACCAUCUAGUAAAUAGACUUGUAUUUGUAGUCAUGUACCUCACAUUUUUCUGAAAAUCUCCGAUUAUUUAUAUGCGAUAUAAUCCUGACCAUCGAUAUGUGUAUCUAAAGACAUGCAGAUCUUCCAAAAUUUAUUAUCAGAACAAAACAAUUUUCAUCUUAUUUCAGUUAAUGAUCGCACAACUAAAUGCCUUAUUCAAGGUAUUUACUAAAUUACCGAACAAUACCUCUUCUUAUGACCAAAAUAAUCGUCUUUCGUUCAAAAAAUGGCCUUGUAUAUAUGCUUCAUGAUGAAUUCAAUGCUAAAACCCUUUUGGGAUAUUAUCGCUUCUAGCAUGCCGAAAUAAAUUAUUAUCGGCUUCGUUUAAAAUGCAAUUUAUUUCGGCAUGCUUUAAUUCUUAAACGUAACUCUAUAAAAUAGUCUUUUACACAUUGUAUUUAAGGUGAAAAUUCACUUCUGUGCCAAAAUCUUUUUCAGAAGUUGUAAAAGAAUAAAUGCACCAAAUUGGUAGUAA